UCACGCUCUGAGCAAAUGCGUCGACCAGCGUCUGCUGCAUUGGCGAGAUUGGUCGCUCCGACGCAGCAGCUGCUUUUGUCGUCCCACUGUGCAAGUGUCGUCGCUGCAUCACUCUCAUCAUCACAAUACAGCCUGCGAAGCAGACAGACCGACGAGCUGCUGCUCCGGCAUCGGCGGUGGAUGCAUCAUGACAGCUCCUCCACCACCCAGGCGAGCACGUCUGGCCACGUCCCAGAGCCACCAAGUCAGGCCACAAGCACCCAGCACAAUCAUCAAACUCGCAAAGCCACCUCCUCGGCAGACGAGGAGGCAGGAGCAGGCCAGGCAGCCGCCUUCUCGCUUUCAACAAUGCUGGCCGAGCGACGUGCGCAGUCGGCCGCCGUCGAGCAGGAACUGAGCACGGCAACGACGGCGAGCUCUGGAUAUGUACAGCCAACGAUGAUUGCUGCACAUCCAAGAAAACGCGCCGCCGCCGCCACCGCCGCCGCCGCUCCAAGUCCGACCAGCAUGCAGCCAGCUCAGUCCCAAGCAGCUCAGACUGCUGAUAGUGAUGGCAAAUCUCCGUCGCAGCAGCAAUCACGGGGGCUGACCCUCCGGAACGUCUUGGUCGUCAUGAAGCUGUCUCGCUUGGAGUAUGAGCGACAGUCGCAUGGGAAUGUUUCGGACGCUGAGCUUGCAGCGCUGCUGCGGAAGCGCGGCUCGGAUUACGACGGGCUCUUGUUCCGCCAUCGACUGCAUAUUGCCAGCAUUGAGCGUCUGACGUCCUUGCUGGCUGCUCGCGGUGUGCGAUACACACUCGUGUCUGCGGACGAAGUACGACCAUCCUUGUUCCGGCCGGUUUCGUCGUGGCUCUCAACCUCGCUCAGCCACUCAAAGGAGGCGCAAGGCGCGCCAUCCACUUUCGCAGCCACCCCUAGCCAAGUGUUUGAUGCAGUGUUCUCGGCGGGUGGGGACGCCACCUUCCUUCGCGCGGCCGCGCAUGUCACCGAUCAAACGCCAGUGAUUGGAUUGAACACGGAUCCUGAGCGGUCCCGUGGGUUUCUCUGUCUCAAGGUCCACGAUCCCGUCGACGUGCUCGACAGGCUGGCAGAGGGGAACUUUUCGUAUCUACGGCGGCAGCGGAUUCGCGUGCGGUUGAGCGGCGAACUUUCCACGAUGGCGGUCGCAUUCCAGCGACAUCGACACUCGUAUUCGCUGAGUUUCAGCGGGAGCAAGGCAGACUCGCCCGCGAACUUGACCUUUGAGACCAACCCGUCUCCGUAUUUGUCAGGAUGGACGACAGGAAACGUGAGCUCCGCAACGCAAUCGCUGUUCGCUUCUGAUACGGCAGUUGCUGCCGCCGCGUCUACCACAGCGACCACGGCUACCGCGGCUACGUCUGUGGAUGUCACGACCUCACACGCCGAGAUUGGCCCAGCAGCUCCGCCCGACGUGACGGAAGAAGACGACGAGCACGUCGAGCACACGCUCGCCUCCAAAGAACAAAUUCUAUCAACCACUUCACCCAGUGGCAAGCCAAGCACCAAAGAGCACACCCACGGCAAUGCACAUGCGGCCAAGAGCAACGCCUUGCCGAGCAACAACCGCGCGGCCGACGCCGGCGUCUUGACCUCUGACUCGGGCUCGGAUAUGCAGAGUCUCAACCAGCACUGUGUUACGCUUAGAUAUCGCGCGCUCAACGAAGUCAUCAUUGCCGAGGCAGACGUGUCGAACGCUGCCUAUUACGAACUCUCCGUCGACGGCAGUCCCGGCGAAAAGCAGAAGAGCUCUGGGCUAAUCGUGUCUACCGGCACAGGCUCGACGUCCUGGCUGUACAAUGUGUGCCGCAUGAAUGCGAGCGACGUGACUCGCAUUCUUGAGCUUGCACACUGUCCGCAGGGUCGCGAUCCCGUGCACAUUGCCGAGCAGUUCAAUUCCGCCUUGGUGUUUGACCCUGCCGACCCCCGACUCAAGUUUGCCGUGCGCGAGCCUAUUGACAAUGGCAUCUUCAACGUGACACAUCCACGCGGGUUUGCCAACACGCUGUCCGUGCGAUCGCGCAGCAUUGAUGCUCGCCUGAUUCUUGACAGCGCCGUGUCCAUCCCGUUCACUGACGGUGCCGUUGCGACCGUCGAGAUGCACGACGAAGAUGCGCUUCUGACUGUUGUUAUGGACCGUUGACUGGAUACUGCGUUUGCAUGCCUGCGUUGUUCAAGUUAUUUAAAUCGACAGUGGGGUUUUGGCGGUUUUUGGUUUUGGUACUUGUGGAUCAAG